AUGGAGCCGAGACGAAGAAUCAGCGGCGGCGGGUGGUCGGUGGUUGGACGGCUGAGGAAGGCGGUGAAGAAGAUCAACUUCAUCUUAUUCAGCAUCGGGAUAAUCAGGCGAUGGGAGCUGAUAAGUUCAAUUCAUCAACGACGGAGGAGGCGGCGGCAGCAGCAGCAGCAGCGCAGGUUUUUGAGCUUCAACGAGAGGCUGGUUGGGCUCCAAGGCUACACGGAGCUAACGGAGGAUCAUGAUCACGACCAUCACAGGUCCAGUGUUAAUAACGGAGGUGGAGUCCUGGAUCGAACUUGCAGCUUGGAUCAGGACGAUAUCGACAAGAGAUCGGAGCGAUUCAUCGCGAAUUUCCGGCGGGACUUGUUGCUGCAGAGGCAGGUCUCUCUGGAGUUGGGUUACUGCAAACUCAAUUAG